AUGGAUUUUGGGACUGAAUUGAAGGGAUGUGUUUGCCGGAUCAACAACUGCGCCAUUGAACUCUUCUCGCUGGAGGAGGAUUUGGAGAUUGAAGACGAAGACUCAUGGGACCUGGUUGGGAGGGACCUCCGGCUGAAGGCCACCUUCUUGUAUAUUGACCUCAGCCGUGUGAUCUCCUCCUGUGAGAGCGAUGAGCGCAAGAAGACGCUCACCGGCCUAGCCAACAAGUUCUUCUACUUCAUGGACGAGUUGGGCAAUGCGGUGAAGGACAGAAGCGCCUCCCUGGUGCAGGGGCAAAACAGUCUAAAACAAGCUCAGCUAUGCCCUCCUUGCAUGCUUUUACAAGAGAUGAAGAGGAGGACCCUCAAGCAACAUCUGAUGUUUGACGCUUUGUGUGGUACUUUUAAAAUUAAAGAUGUGCCUACAAAAUUGAUCUUACUAAAGCUCUCCAAAUUCUAUUUGAAGAACAAGGCUGAAGAAUGGUCAAAAAAUUAUGUCCUUGACCUUGGAAGCAGAAAAAGCUUUGAUAGAAAAGAUCAUAACUGCUAA